CAGGACAAAGAGUUACCAGGGAAGUGGUUUUCAGAUAAUUCUCUUUACCUAAAAAUAGAUAUCUUUUCUGAGAAUAAUGGUGUAACCGUUCGAUAAGUCAUAGCAUCAGAGGUUUUCAUCUUUUCAUGCUAGCUCUGCUAAAAACAAUGCUCUCCAUAGACUCAACUAAUCAUCAAUUGUUGUAUCAUGCAUACAAAAGGACAACUGAAUCAAAUACACUUUAAUUGUGUGAAGGAAGUGGACUCAACACUAUCUCUGACAACUGUUGAUUCAGACACAUGUCUGAACAUUAACAGAGGCUGACUAACACUCCACGUGUGGCUCAUUGGAUACAUCUCAUCUAUGAUGGCAACAGCUAGGCGUUCGGGACCAGCAGGCCGAAGUCAAAUUCUUGACGCUCCUCAAUCCAUGUCUCAGUCCCCCACAAGUGCAGACCGCAAACUUCUUGAUAAAGUUUUCAAGAGACUGGAGAAGCUGCAUAAACUGAGCACCGACCCCAGGCUGGGUCUAAAAAACAGUCCGCCAUUCCUCCCCGAGCUGGUGUCAGAGACCGCCACCCUCCUGACAGAAGUAUGGGCUCCUUACAGGGGGUCAAUGAUGGCCGUGCCACGAGGGGACGAGGGUGAAUAUCUGAGGAUCCAUAUUCGCCACAUGCUGGACAAGACAGACAGAGCUGUACUGCUGUUUAAAGAUGGCAAGGAGAAAAUGUUUGAAGAAACAUCAAGCUACAGGAGAAAUCUUACUAAAUUGUCACUUCUGUUCAGCCACAUGUUAAAUGAACUACGAAAUAUGUUUCCUGGAGGACGAUUUCAGGGUGAUACUUAUAGGGUUACAAAAACAGAGGCCAAAGAUUUCUGGAAGAAGGCUUUUGGACACAAAUGUAUAGUGCAGUGGAACAUUUUUAAACAGCAGCUGAGGAGGGUUCACUACUUCGAAGAGGGAAUGGAGUCCAUGGCUUUGAAGUCCACAGUUGAUCUCACUUGUAACGAUCACAUAUCCAUCUUUGAGUUUGAUAUUUUCACCAGGCUUUUUCAGCCCUGGUCAACUCUGUUAAGGAACUGGAAUCAUUUAGCAGUAACUCAUCCUGGAUACAUGGCGUUUCUCACCUACGACCAAGUCAGAAUCCGACUGGAGCACUACAGACAUCGUCCUGGCAGCUACAUCUUUCGUCUCAGUUGCACACAAAUGGGUCAGUGGGCGAUUGGGCAUGUGACCAGUGAUGGCACCAUUGUGCAAACCAUUCCCCAAAAUACACCUCUCUACCAAGCACUCAUACAAGGUUUCAGGGAGGGCUGCUACUUAUACCCUGAUGGGCGUGACGUGAACCCUGAUCUCACCAGCCUGUGCAGUCCGGCUCACAAGGGUCGAGUCAAAGUCACAGAGGAGCAGUAUGAAUUAUACUGUGAGAUUGGCAGCACAUUUCAGCUCUGCAAAAUCUGCACAGAACGAGACAAGGACACUCGCAUUCAACCAUGCGGGCAUCUGCUGUGUCAGCCCUGCUUGACUGGGUGGCAGAAAUCAGAUGGACACACGUGCCCCUACUGCCGCUGUGAUAUCAGAGGCACGGAGUCCAUCCUCAUUGAGCCCUACCUGCCAGUGAGAGACAGGAGGCCAGAGGAGAAUGAGGAAGACGAUGAAGAUGAGGAUCAUGAGGAUGUGGAGCUGGUAAUGAAAAAACUGGCUUGUAUGAAAAAGAUUUCACAGGAGGAGUAUCAAGUUCCCCGUACCAGUCAUUUACCUCCUCCCCUUCCUCCCAAAAGAAAUUCCCUUUCCCCGUGUCCCUCUCCCAAACCACCCUCCAGAUCCUUUGGCUCAGGCACACGGGUCAGCCAUUCUAGUUUGAAAGUCAAACACAGUUCCUGGUCAGAAAACAUGUUAAGACAAACUUCCCCAGAUAGAAGCGAGGAACUUUUGGAAGACUUCCGUCCUUCCUCUUUGCCAUGUGGUAGACACGGUGGGGUGCCCUGGGAAGGGCCUUCAGAAACUGUUAAAAGGAAGAGGAGAGAGAAAAGAAGGGAGAGGGAAGACGAGAGUGAGAGAGGUGUGGUGGAUUCAGCAUCUCUCUCAGGAAGACACUGUCAUGGGGAGACCCAAGAAAACACUUCAUCCUGACAGCAAAGUUUAAUCUUAGACUUAAGACUGUAAAAUAUAUUAACAAGACAAAUGAAUCGUGCGAAACCAUCAACACUGGACAACCGAAAUUAUUCAAAUGACUUAAUAUUUACCAGAUUAAGCAUGUUAGCUUAAGACAUUUUAAAUCCUACCUCAUGCCAACUAAAUGUUUAGCGAAAAGGCACUGUUUUUAUAGGUCGCAUUGAAUAAAGAAUUUAAGAUAAAACAAACAACA